AUGAGACUUUUGUUUCCUCUUCAGGAUGGAACGCCGAACUACCGGCAGAGAAGGACCGUGGAGGAUUUCAAUAAGUUCUGCACAUUUGUCUUGGCCUAUGCCGGCUACAUACCGUACCCCGAAGAGGAGUCUCCACUCCGAGCCGGGUCCAGCCCACCAAACAGCACAGGAAGUACCGUGGACAGCGACAGCUGGGACUCCAGGUUCCAAGACCUCCCGAACACGGGGACUCUACCAAUCAAAAAGCGCAGAAGUUUCGUAGAGCUAAAACAUGACCGCUCCUAUCCUUCCAUGCUGAAACGCUCCAAGCUCAGCAGUUUCCUCCUGGAGCGGAAGAAACUCGACAAGAUCAAGAGAAAGAAAAAGCUGAAGAAGAGAGAGCAGCAAGCGCUGAAGGAGGAGGAAUAUGUCAAAGCCUUCAUAAAAUUGGAGCCAGAAGACCCCUGUCCGGUAGAUUCUUUUCCCGUUCCAAUCCCUCCAAUUCCACCAAUACCUGACCACGCACUGGAUCUCAAGAUGUCCCCGCCGCAUGAGACCGCAGAGCCGAUGUUGGAGAGCUGUAAUAACAGCAUGGACAGCAGCGCAUCCAUGACUAUGGUCUCUGACGACACCGAUGAGAUAAAGACUGAGUACACGGAGGUGAACCUAGGGAAACGAACGGUCAUACGACAGGGAAAGCAGGUGGUGUUCCGGGAUGAAGACAGCACAGGCAACGAUGAGGACAUCAUGGUGGAUUCAGAUGAUGAAUCUUGGCAUCUCGUCACGUGCUUUUGCAUGAAGCCAUUCGCCGGUCGGCCGAUGAUCGAGUGCAACGAGUGCAAUACCUGGGUCCACCUCUCCUGUGCCAAAAUCCGCAAGUCCAACGUUCCAGAGAUUUACGUUUGCCAAAAGUGCCGAGACACCAAAUUCGACAUCCGACGAUCAAACCGCUCGCGCAUGGGAUGUAGGAAGUUAUUCCUGGACUAAAACAUAGACAUAUAUGAAAGGGUUUACGGGCAGAUCCGCGUGCGCAGAGACGAGCCGCAACAGAAGCACACGGGGGGCACAUGCAAAAACAAAGGACCUUAUGUUCUUGAACGGGCACACUUAACAGACAAUGGUUCCUUUCCGGUUUUAUUUUUGACGGCCCAGA